AUGGCUGAAGUGCUCGGCGUAGUGGCGAGCGGCAUCGCCGUUGUCGAUGCGGCCGGUCAGAUUGGCUCGGGCAUCAUCAAGCUCAGGCGCCUUUGGAGCCAAGUCAAAGAUGUCCCGGAUACAGUUAACUCCCUGAUGCAGCAGCUUGAGCUCCUCGCAGUUGUCAUGGGGGAGAUGGAGACGAUUUACCAGAGCAGCCCAGUGGAUGCGUCUAGGCCUUUCAACGGCCAGGGUAUGCAACUGAGCAUGACACGAUGUCGUGAAGCCAUGGAUGCGCUGGAGGACCUCGUCAACAAACUAACACAGCAUGUGGACUCGCAGAAACGAUUCAAGAGGGCCAAAGCAAAGCUCAAGGUGGCGCUUGGGAAGGACGACCUAGAUCAGUGUCACAGUCGCUUGAACAAUGCCGUGCAAUUACUUCAAGUUGCGCAAGGCUGUUUUCAGAUGUCUGUAAAUGGAGCCAUGCUUCGGCGUCUCAUCGCACUGCCAACGCAACUUGAGAGCCGAGCGGCGCCUAAAAUCGUGGAGCUCGAGUCGUCUGCGAUGACUGAUGAGAUCGGCAAGUCAGAAGUAAAAACAACAUCGAUUCUUGUGCAUAAGGCUUCAUGGAGCCGAUCUUGGCACAAUGCCAAGCGGAGUCUUGGUCCAUUUGCCUCAUACGCGUGGGAUAGCAGCGAAAUCAAAGAUGAUGAGAGUGGAUUCAUACAAAAAGGCCUCUAUUUGCGCUUUGAAAUGGCUCAAUGGCUCUCUGGCAAAGCCUGGGAGAUUCAAGCCACCAGAGCCAUGUCUGGCUGGCAUCACCACCUGAAAACGUAUAACAUUGUGCCAUCGGACUCAGAGGUCAUAAGGUGCAUCAUGAAGGGAGAUCUAGAAAGAAUUAAAUUCCUCUUCCAGAACAACUUGGCUUCAAUCCAUGACCAUGACGUUGAUGGUCGUUCGCUACUCUCGGUAUGCCUCAAGAACACAUGA